AUGGCCGUUUUUCACAUUCCCACGGUGUUGCUGGCCCUUCUGUUCGGUCUCGGGGUACUAUCAACUGCUCAGAGUAACUGUGGAACAGACCAGAAUCCCUAUUGUGCAGGCAACAGUCUACUCGAACAGCUCUGCUGUCCGUAUCCAAAUGUCUGCUACUGGCAAGAUCGCGAUGGCGCUCCCGGAUGUUGUCCUGCCGGGCAAGCUUGCAAUGGUCAAACCUACGUUCCUCCCUCAACCAUCCACCCAACUACCGUAACUAUCACCUCAACAUCCAAAUCUACUCCUACACCGACCCUUCGUUCUACAAUCACGAGCUAUGUGAAUGGCGGAGGAGGCGUGAUCGUCACUUCUCAGCCUAGCGUUAUCACCGUCACAACUGACAACUGGGCCAGUGAAGUUUACUCUACCGUGACUUCAGGAGUGGUCGGCGUAUAUUCCACGGUUACCUCUGUCGUGGGAGGAGUCUAUUCCACAGUGACUUCUGAUGUCGGCCAGGGGUUCGCCACCGUUUCAGGAGUCCUAGUGAGCGGGACUCCAAGUUCCCACUUUAUCACAAUAUUGUCUCCGGUGAUGGCUGUCCUGUUUUCACUUACCUGGGUCUAUGCUGGGUGA